CUCGCUGACACCAGGGCAACUACCAGCACGCGGCAGAGUACCGGCUUGGUGACAGGGAGACACCAGGCAGUGUAGUGGCUUGGUGACAGGGGAAGACAUGUAAUAGGAUAGUGGUUUGGUGACAGGGAGGCCCCAUGCAGGAAUAAGUGAGCACCAUGGCUGAACCAACAGGACUGACCAAUGAGGAGGCCAAUGCUUGCUGUGCCGAGCCUGACCCCUCCACCAAGGACUUCCUCUUCCAGCAGACCAUGUACCGCAUCAAGGACCCCAAAGUGUCCCUGGACUUCUACACUCGCGUCCUUGGCAUGCGGCUCCUCAAGAAGUUGGACUUCCCCACCAUGAAGUUCUCGCUGUUCUUCAUGGGCUUUGAGGCGGCGGAGGACAUUCCCAAGGACGAGAAUGAGAGGACUGGCUGGUGCUUCUCCCGCAAGGCCACACUGGAGCUGACUCAUAACUGGGGAACAGAAUCAGAUCCUAACUUCACACCAUACCACAAUGGAAACUCCGACCCCAGAGGCUACGGUCACAUUGGCAUCAUGGUGCCAGAUGUGGAGAAGGCCUGCAAGCGCUUUGAGGAGCAGGGAGUCAAGUUUGUCAAGAAACCAAAUGAUGGCAAGAUGAAGGGCAUUGCUUUCAUUCAGGAUCCUGAUGGUUACUGGAUAGAAAUCUUCAAUAAUCAAGUCAUGCAAGAGUUGGUGUAAUUGUCUCAUGUUAAACAAAACAAAUAGUGCCAUGUAGAAAUACAAGAAGAGAAAGUGAAGAAAUGAACACUUGUAGGAUCUCUUGGCAUGUGACAGGAAAGUGAAAUAAUAGCAAUGCAUAAGGUUAAUUCUUAAAAGAAAUGGUCCCCUGAAGCUUACUAGUGUCAAAUCUGAAUGCUUCCAGGUUAUUGCAGUCAGGCUGUGUGGUUACCUAACUCAGCAAACAUUUAUUCACAUACGUUGCCAAUUCUUGACUUUCACAUAUUGCUUUGAAAUUUUAGUACCUUCCUGUGAAUGUGCUUGAAAAUUACGGGUUAAGAUACAAAAACAACUUACAUGCUCAUGGAAACAGAAUGGCUGAAUUUGGAUGCAUGCCUGACUUACCUCAGUGUUUGGUGGUAGAGUAGAUGAUGUGGUGUGCCAUACUCUUGAUGGUAGUGAGGUGCCAUGAUAGUGAGAGGGAGAGUGCUGGAAGAUGGCAGGCACGUACAUACAUACAUGUGAUUGAAUCCUGCGUGUAAAGACAUGCAUCGUGUACCACAACAACCACUGCCUUACAUAAUCGCGUGGUGCAGAUGUUUUGUUAAAUCUCAAAUACAACAUUAAAGUGAAUCUUCCAAAAGUACAUUGACAAUAAAACAGAGAUACUCAACCUUACCAUAAAAGUGUGUAAGUACACGUGUGUGUGUGAUCAACCCAAGUUGAUGUUUUUGAGUUUAUUCAGCAGACAUAUUAUUGAAAUAUGCUGUUUGUCUUUUUAAUUUAUUUUAACCAAGUUAGAGUUUAUUAAUUGUAUUGGGGGAAGUGAGUGGUGAUUUUUAAAGUGAGGCAGUGAUGGCCAGUGAUGGCCGUGGUGCCACUGGCCAAACAAUUUAUUUUCAUUAUGUUGUAUGAGAAAGUGGGUCUCCAAUUUGCAGAUUAGCAAUUCACAGACAUGUGCCAAUGUUAGAUCUAAGACUCUGGCACCACUGUGUGUUAUGCCAGUAGUACAUUGGUUUCACUGUCACCUUGUGAGCUUGGUUUUACUUAUCAGGGUAUCUUGGUGCUUAACUCUUGUGUCAUAGAUGCUGCCACUACUUAAUGUUCACGGCAAUCCUUACUGAAUGUAGUAAGCUCUUCAAAAACUGCUGUACCUGAAGGUCUAUUUUAAGUCAAACCUGCUUGAAAAAUAUGCUUCCUGAAUGGAGAAUAUAAAGAGACUUAACAAAAAAAGAUCUGAAGAGAGAGAACCAAGAAGAUAAAAUAAAUAACUGAAUAUA